UUUUUAUAUAAAGUCAUCAAAGAAGGCACAUAUCCUAACAAAUCAUUACUAGCACAUACCCUUCCGCCAAAUAAAUAUCCAAUUCCUGAUGAUUAUACAAUAGAAACUACAUGGGGUAGAGGCAAUAAUCAAUGUACUAUUCGAUGUUCUAUAAACUAUAAUAAAGAAGGUCCAGUUUUCUAUAUCUAUUUUGGAAAGUACUUCGAAUAUGAAGUAUUUUCUAUUAAAACGGCCACAGAUUCUGCAAACUUAUUUCAUAAA